GGGGGGAGCAGGAACUUUAAAAUAAUAUGCCAUGGGACUCACAGACCGAAGACACCACUCUAGGGUUAAGUAAGAUAUUCCAUAGUGAAAUUAUUGUAAUCUCACCUCUUUGCAGGAAACAUGAUUGGUUCCAAAAGGAAUUGCCAGCCUACCUAUUUCCAUCCCCUGUGGAACAGGACUCAUCAGUAAUCGAUACAGAUGCUGUACUUGAAGUUUGUGAAAAGUUUGGUGUGAAAGAACACGAAGUGCACAACGCAUUGUUAAGUGGAGACCCUCACGACCAGCUGGGCAUCGCUUAUCACCUGGUGAUUGACAACAAGCGUAUAGCUGAUGAGGCGGCCAAGGCAGAACUCAAGGAUUUCUACGUAGCCAGCAGCCCUCCACCUGUGUCCUUCAGUCCUUCAGAGCUCGCCCCCAGCCCCAUCAAGCCCCAUCCAGAGAGAAUUGCACUUUCCAGAGAACGAGCUCUCUCCCUAUCUGGGGGAAAUGAUUCAAUAGCUCUGAGAGAGCGUGCCAUGAGUCAGAUGAGUGGUGGAGAUCCAAGACCGAACCGAGGAACUCCAGUCAAGCGUGCCAAAUGGCACUUAGGCAUCCGCUCGCAAAGCAAGCCCAAUGAUAUCAUGAAUGAAGUUUAUCGAGCCAUGAAAGCCUUGAAUUUUGAAUGGAAAGUUGUAAAUCCUUACCACGUCCGUGUGCGCCAUCGCAAGACUGCAGAUUCUGAGUAUACCAAGAUGUCUCUUCAGCUUUAUCAGGUGGACUACAAGAGUUACUUACUUGACUUCAAAAGUCUCAGUAAUGAAGAAGAUUCAGCAGCCUUAUCUUUUCAAGACCCUGACAAGAUACAGCAAAUGUGCCCGGGACAUAACAUCAUGUUCUUUUUUGAGAUGUGUGCUGCUCUUAUCACCCAACUGGCACGCUAAACCUUCAUUCAGUUACCUCGUCAAUAUUCUUACUUUUUUAGUUUUAAUUUCCUUUAAAGAUUCAAGUUUGUUUAAAUGUUGUUGCAUAUACUUUAUUUUGUUGUUGUUCUCGCAGUAAUUUGUAAACAUUUUCUUUAUAGCGAUCAAUUCUUUGUAUUAACCAAGAUCAGUUUUGAGUUUUUUCACGUACUCAUUUUGCAAUUUGUUUACUUUUUACGUUGUUUGUUUACUGGUCUUUUUCAGGCCAUAAUGUUACCACAACUAUAAUUUUGUUUUAUCUUUGUUCAAUUAAAUUUUUUUCUGUGAUUGAAUACCUUAAAGCUGUUUGCCUUUGUAAUUUAUUAAGGUCUUUUGUAUUGUAACUGGAUAUAGUAUAAGGGUUGUUGUAAUGAGUUAAGGUAGUAGAGAAUUUAUAAUACUCUCUUUUAACUUUGGCUAGAUGCAGGAUGUACAACUGUGAUAUACAAAGAUACGAUUGUUACAUGAUUUUGGAAUUAAUUAGAUCACAAUAUUUUCUUUUUACAUGGUUUUUAUGACUUUUAUGGUUCUAAGCUUUUUAUGCUAAUGUUUUCUGGUGUUAAAUAAAUUUUGCAGUUAUAAACUUGACCUUUACUACAUCGUUUUUAUAUUAGUAUUAAAUAAAUAGAUAAUUUAAAAGUUAUUUUGAAAUGAUCAUACUACUUCUAUCAAGUGACAAGUGUAACUUACAAAUCAUAAUAUUAUAUAUAUGUACCUUAUUAUCAUGUUAUUUUUAUUUAAAAUUAUUUAAACCAUCAUUAUUUAAUUCUAUAAUAUUUAUUCUUUUUAGUUUACUCUCUGUAAAUCAAUCCCAGGGACUCAAUGUAGGGUGUUUUAUUAAGUAAUUUAUUAAGUAUUAUUAACAGUAGGAAUUAACUAGGGUGUCAAACAACAUUGGCUUGAUGCAUCUAAUAAUAAAAAUUUCAAAGAUUUUAGGAAUGACAAAAAUGUUCAGAGAAUAUUCACUAUACUAUAUUUUGGUGAAUGCGAAGAAAUUAAUACCUAUUGUAAUCUAUUUAAAAUGCUACAUUAAAAAAAAACAGAACGUUUUUAUUGCUUGUCAUAUUGUUUUGUAUGGUGAUGCCUUUUCAUUUCAACUGAGUAACGUACAUAUUUGUAAUGCAAAUAGUUAUAUUUAAAGAUAAAAGUUUCCAAUCCCCCCAUGAGUUUAAAAUUUUUAUUACUCAGGACAGGGGCAAUCCGAAUGUUCCCAUCUGUUUGCAAUUUUGUGUGAGCCAAUUCAAUAUUUUAUAUUGUAAAAAUUUAUUAAAUAGAGAUAUUUUGAUAUCGUUUUCAUUUGAUUGAAAAUAGUAUCCGAGUUAUUAAUAGGACUUAAAAUCUCAAAAGCUGAUCUUCCAAAAAAAAAUAUUUAUUUUAAGUGUAUAUGCCUCGUAUUCUAUUUAGAAAUAACAUAUUUAACUUGGUAAAACUUUAUAGAACUUUAUAUAACUUUAAAUCCCUUUUCCUCAAACCAUAAUGAUGCUACAUCCGAAUUACAAGUGUACAGUGUAAGCUUUUUUGUAGAUACGUUGAACUGUUAGUGUAUAUGAAUAUGCAAAUUAAUGUUACUUUUAGUUUAGUCACUAUGAAAGAAUUUAUUAUGCUAUCUUAUUUUUAUUAAAGUCGUGUUAUAAAUAAAAGAGAAAUGUUAA